AAAUCAACAAGUUGCCACGAGUGAGAGACAAAGGAGUUGCGCAGGUGGUUGCCGUCUGCUUGUCGUCUGCUGCUGGCUGCUGCUGUCAAUAAAAAUUGACCAACUUCACUUUUCUCCAUCAGAUUCCAGUUGCCUUCGCUGCACUUCACAGUGGUCACACCAGCCCGCAGCACUCGUAGCAAGCUUCAAAGUUGUAAACAGUACCACAGCUGUUCCGGACGAAAUUAACCAUUUUUAACAUGCAAUUGGUGUUUGAUUCUGAAUUCCAGUAAAUUAAAAGUGUUUUUAUACCAGUAUAGACUACGCCACUAUUUCAAAUAUUUUUUGAACCAUCUGCAGUAAAGGUAUAAGGUUUUACGCAGUGCUGGUGUGGUAUGGGGAAUUACGAUCUGUUGUCUCUUGUUCAAUCGUAAAUUGCCAGGCUCGAAGAUAUUCUUUAGUUUAAUUCCUGCUUUUCUUUGGCGCGGUGAUAAAAUGAAAAAUGAAGAGGAACAGAAAUGUAAUAAUAACCAGGCUAGUGCCCCAGUAGAAACUCGUGUGGACAAUCAAAGAUCGGUUGAAAAUGAAAACACACAACAGUUUCAGGCACAAAACUUUAUGGUUGGAGGCCUAACCGGGGCAUCUCCUCCAAAAUUUGUGUCUUUUGAAGAAAUAAUGAAGGCAGCAAAUGGUAUGACCAAUAUGGCACUGGCACACGAAAUCGCGCUUGAUAAAAAUUUCAAAUUGGAAACGCUAGAUCCACCAAGUGACAGCUUUCAAAAAAAAGUUAAGGAAACAAUGCAUAACAUAUUCUGGCAGCUGCUAGCCCAAGAAUUGGCCGAGGAUCCACCAAAUUACAAUCAAGCAUUAACUCUUCUUGGUGAAAUAAAAACGGCUUUGGAAGAACUCCUAUUGCCUCGACAUACGAAGAUACGAGAAAACAUUAACGAGGUCCUGGACGUUGAUUUCAUUAAACAGCAGGCAGAGCAGGGAAUUUUAGAUUUCCAUCAUUAUGCUAACUUUAUUAUCUCUAUAAUGGCAAAAUUGUGCGCACCAGUCAGGGAUGAAAAUAUUGCAAAGUUAGCACAGUCGACCGAUGUUAUUGAGACAUUUAGGGGCAUUUUGGAAACUUUGCAGCUCAUGAAGCUUGACAUGGCAAACUUCACAAUAACUUUGAUAAGACCUGAGAUCGUUGCAUCUAGUGUUGAAUAUGAAAAAAAGAAAUUUGCCGAGUUUUUGAAAGUCAACGAAGACGGUCUCCAGUUAACGCGAAAAUGGCUGCUCAGAAAUUUGGAUAUGGAAAAACUUACCGCACCUUCUACGGAUAUCAAUGCAGUUCGUCAAAUUACACACAGCUUGCUAACUGAGGCGUACUUGGAUCUUUUAGAAUGGAAAUUCAAUCCAGAUGCAGAGACGCUGAUGAUGGACCAAGGGCGAUUGGUAGAGUUACGAGAUCGAACCUGUAGACUGUGCAUCACAGGAACAGUGUUGCUGGUGACUAACAACACUAUUGGCGCCCCCCUUCAAGGAGUAACCAGUUUUAAGAAUAACGUGAAACAGCAUCUCGCCGUGCUUUUGGAAUCCGUUCAUUCCAACGAGGACCUGACAACUGCGAUGAUGAAUAUUGUACUACAAGUUACAGCCGAUGUCAAGGAAACACUGAAGGAAGUCGGUGCUUCAGAAUUAUCUCCAGAGCUGGAGUCUCUUCUCAGUGCUCAACUCAUAGAAAUUGCUAAGCCGGAUCAUAAGAUUCGACAUCUUGUCAAUAUAAGAAUUCGACAGUUCUUACAAAAAAUCAUACAAUCACAGACGGCAGGUCCGCAACAGAUACCUCCAGGGCUGUCGUCACUCCAGGAAGAACUUGCUGGAAUUGCAGCGCAGUUUUUGAUCAUCGUAUCCCAUAAUCGCAGUGUAUUUGGCGAAUACUAUCUUGAUAUCGUGACCACGGCAAUUUCUGGUGAAAAUGCUGCGACUCCCAUGAAUACUGAGUAGCUUCAAAAAAGAAUGUGUAGCUUUGACUUAGGAAUUCGUUCACUCAUACGUUGAGACGUAUGUUAGUAGAAUUUGAACAGAAGGCAGUUUAUUUCGAAAAUAUUUGGCUAUAGAAUGCUGGGAACACAACAUCCGAAUUAACGUUCGUGUAACAUUUUCACUGACAGUCGUACCCCAAAACCACGUAGAUAUAUUUUCGAGUAAAAUUAAACGC